AUGCAUUUUUCGAGAAACUACCUUAUACAGGUCAUAGCAGAAAGACUUUCAGAAGAAGAAAUCGGUGGAUUGAGACAGUUGUUCAAAAUGAUUGAUACAGAUAAUAGUGGGACAAUAACGUUCGAGGAACUCAAACAAGGUCUGAAAAGAGUCGGCUCUGAAUUAAUGGAAUCAGAAAUCUUUGCACUUAUGAACGCGGCUGAUAUUGACAACAACGGGAGUAUUGACUAUGGUGAAUUUCUUGCUGCAACCUUACAUAUGAGUAAGAUGGAAAGGGAGGAAACUUUGCUCGCUGCAUUCGCAUUCUUCGACAAGGAUGGAAGUGGUUAUAUAACCAUUGAUGAGCUUCAACAGGCGUGCAAAGAUUUUGGCCUCGGGGAUGUUCAUCUGGAGGACAUGAUUAGUGAAAUCGACAUAGACAAUGAUGGCCGUAUAGAUUAUGGAGAAUUUGCUACAAUGAUGAGGAAGGGAAAUGCUGGGGUUGGGGGUAGAACCAUGAGAGGCAACUGGAAUUUUAACUUGGCAGAUGCACUGGAAGGCAAAAACAAAGGGAAGGAAUAA